AUGUCUCUUUCUUGCAAUUUAUGUUGCAAAACAUUUUCCUGUAAAUCUAGCCUAAAUAGACAUAAAUUAGUUCAUAACACAGCAAAACGGUACUCUUGUAAUUUUUGUGAUAAAGUGCUUUCGUGCAAAUCUAGCUUAAAGAGACAUUAUUUAAUUCAUACCCAAGAGAAAUUGUAUUCCUGUGAUUUAUGUAAAAAAAAAUUUGCAUUGAAAUCAAAUUUAUCGCAGCACUAUAUUUCUCACACCGGUGAAAAACCUUAUUCGUGCUCAUUGUGCUAUAAAACGUUUUCUCAGUCAGGUUACUUGAAUACUCACGCGAAAAUUCAUACAAAAGAAAAACCUUAUUCUUGCAACGUAUGCGAAAAAACAUUUUCUUUUAACAGUAAUUUGAAAAGACAUAUUCUUUCUGUCCAUUCUUCUGAAAAACCUUUCUCUUGUAGCCUUUGUGAUGCAAGUUUUUCCCUAAAAGAGGGUUUAACUCAUCAUCAUCUUUUUCAUACUAGAGAAAAGCCAUAUUCUUGCAUAGUGUGCAAUAAAAGUUUCAGUUGUCAAAGUCAUUUAUCUAGACACGAAACUGUUCAUAGGAAAUCAAAAUAUUUUUGCAAUGUUUGUAAUAGAUCAUAUUCUCUAAAGCAAAGCUCAACUGAACCUUCCAAAAUUAAAGCUGAUGAUGAAAAAUCGAAUUUUUGUAAACAUUUCACUCAUAGUGAUAUAUUAUCUAGUAGUGUUGACAACUUUAUUUUUGCAAAGAAGCAAACUUAUCGUUGCUCAGUAUGUAGUAGAAAUUUUUCAUCCGAGGCUAAUUUGCAUCGUCAUGGUCUUAUUCACAAGACAGAACAGCCAUAUACAUGCAUAUUUUGUCAGAAAAGUUUUAGAAAUAAAAGUGUAUUGACUGUUCAUUUGCGUGUGCAUACCAAAGAAAAGCCUUAUUCAUGUGAGGUGUGCAAUAAAAGAUUUUCAAUUAGUAGUCAUCUAUCUAGGCACAGGUGUGUUCAUAACAAAGAAGAUUAA